ACGUAGCUUUGGUGACGGCUACGUCUCUAGUCGAGCCAAACAAAUCAUGAGGCUCUUAUUCCUGAUACCACUAUUUUGCGCGGUGCUUCUAACGCACGCGCGUAAUGUAGCAAAUCAAAAAGGUGACAAAGACGACGCAGCCAGCGCUGCGACAAAACUAGUAGCAAACAAAGGCGUCGACCUCUCUGCUGCUGGCAGUGCAUCCGCAGACCAAGCGAUUGCUGGUACUGAACACAAGAAGGCCAAAGACAGCCACCACGAACAAGGCGGCGGGCAUGAACACCAUUCGCAUCACCAUGAAGAACACGGGGAUAAAGGCGAUAAGGGAUACAAGUCGCAUCAUCAUCAUGAUAAAGGCGAACAUGGACAUCAUGCAAAACACCACCAUGAAGGACAUCAUGACGAACACGGAGGACACAAAAAGAAGCACCACGAUGAGCACGAUCAUCAUGGUGAACACCACGAGGCCGCGCACGGGCACAAGGGCGGAAAAUUCGGGCACAAAAAGGGUCACAAAAAGGGUUCAAAGACCACUGGUUUUCAUCAUAAAUCCCAUAAAGAUGAAUAUCACAAGGAACAUAAAUUCUACGACGACUUCCACAAGGGCGGACACCAUCACAAACAUGGAGACUUUCAUGGGCAUCAUGAUAAAAAGGGAGGUCACCACAAGAAAGGCGGUCACCACGAAAAGGGACAUCACGAGAAACACCAUGGCAAGAAAGGGCAUCAUGACAAAGGACAUUAUGAUGAAGACCACAAAGGGCACAAGGGUCACCAUGGUCACGAAGAGCAUUUCGCACAUCAUCACGACCACGGAAAGAAAGGCGGACAUGCUGGGGGCAAAGAACAUGGUUACAGUCAUGCAAAGAAAUCGUAAAGAAUAUAUGUACCCAC